CUCCUCCAACCUACACUCCUACACCCUUGCAGAGAUCCGCUCUCCAACCUAUACUCCUACACCCUUGCAGAGAUCCGCCACUUCACGGCAGCGACUCCAAAACUCGGCAAGAUGGCUACUGGGCAGGGAGACGUUGAGAAAUUUGAGAUAGUUGACAAGGAGCGGAAAAGACUCCUGGCGAAGGGAAUGCACCACAUUCAGGUUACGGACGAGAUCGAGGCCAAGUUCUCCUCAGAGACUGAGUACAAGAAGUACCUCAAGUGGGUCAUCGAUAGGGCGAUCCGAAAGCCUCUGCCCCGGCCUCUCGCCGUACGAAUCCCCCCGGCAAAGGAGAUUAUCGCCAUAUUCCGCAGGGCCGACGUGCGUAACGGCAACGAUAUUUGCCGAAUCAUCGGUACUCUCAACCUUCCCGGUAUGCCCUACAUUGGGCUAGGCACAAUGAACAACGUCGGUUAUCGCCUUUACACCGACCCGGAGCUUCUCGCGCCUACUCGCGAUCGACUACACGACGAGCCUCGACGACUCAUGGAGGAAUCGGUGAUGGGUGUCAAUCUGAACGUGAUCCCCCCGAUUGGAAAACGUGCAACUCAAGAGCCUGUCCUGAGUGACGAUUCGGAAGCACUCAAGGAUAAGAACGGGUUCGUGUUUUGUCAGCUGGGGAGCUUGCAGUACUACGAUGGAGACACCAGAAGCGCAAGUGAGCAUCUACUUCGAAAAGGUCGUUGGGUCCACACGGGAUACGCGGUGGUAGCCAAAAUCGACGGUUCGACUGGGAAGCUUGGAGAGAUCUACAUCAUGUUCAAUUUUCGACCUGUGGACGAUGACGGUGAGAGAGCAGAAUAUUGGCCCGGCGGUAUUGAAUAUGGAGAGCUCCCGGAAGUCGAUUUCCGUUUCACCAUGGCCAAAAUCGCCGACGAUAUCCAAGAGUUGCAGCACGGCAAAGACUUCACCCUUCACCUAGGCACGGUCCGGUACGGCAACUUCGAGUUAGUGCCUGCUGUCAAAACCCGUAACCUUCGUCACAUUGUUCGGCAAUACGUUAGCUCAAGGCAACAUGGCCAGCAAGGGAGCUCAAGAGGUUGAAAAAGAGUUCUUAACAUUACCCCUAGGAUAGCUAGAAACUCCAGGGCGGUCGACAUGAGCUUGUCAUACAGUUUACUUCUUCGGAUGUAGCCUUAACUUAUACCCUCAUUAUAUGCGAACUGAUAUAUCUGCGUGUCCUAAUUAGCAUGACUUUUCCG